GCUGCACAGACCACUGCUACACUCGCACUAAAAAUGUAGCCACAAGACAACGCGCUCAGGACACCUGUGAGUGCACACACUCAUCCGUUUCCCCUGCAUCAGGCUCCGCCCACCUUAACCGACAGAAGCGGAAGAACAGGCGGAACAAGAAAGGAGAAGGAAGAAGGGGAUAACACGUUUAUUAUACGUAUCUCUGUGUCACAUUUAGGUGUUGAGCAAAUCGAAAGUAAACUGAGGAGCCAUGGCUGAAACCAUGGAGGAGGAAAUGCCGGAAGAGUCUCCUCUCCAGCAGGACCUGUCCUGCCCGGUGUGUCAGGGCAUCUACGAGGACCCCGUGCUGCUGCCGUGCACCCACAGCUUCUGCCGCCGGUGCCUGCAGCGGAGCUGGGAGCACAGCCGCAAGUGUCCGGUCUGCAGAACCAAAUGCGAGGAGUCGCAGGCCGUUUCUAACCGCGCGCUCAACAGCGCGUGCCAGAGCUUCCUGAGUCACACGGUGAGGAAGUCGGACCAGAACCGAACCCCCGAGGAAGUCUGCAACAUCCACCUGAAGCCGCUGGAGCUGUACUGUGAGAAGGACGAGGAGCCCGUGUGUGUGGACUGCGUCCCCCUCCACAGCAACCACCGGCUGCUGUCGCUUAAACAGGGAGAGGGCGUCUGCAUGCAAGAGCUUGAAUACAGAGCUAAAAUCUUUGAGAAGAAAAUGGAAACUUUCAAAAAAAUGAACAAGAAGUUCAGCAAUGCAAUGGAAUACGUCAAGUUUCAAGCUGGACAAGCAGAAAACCAGAUCAAGGCAGAGUUUGAGAGGCUCCACGCGGUGCUUACGAGGGAGGAAGCGUUGUGUCUGAACGCACUGGCCUCAGAAGAAACCAAAAAAAUUGAAGAGUUACAGUCUUGUUUGGACAACUUGAACGAGGACAUGAUAAAGUUGGAGGAGCUCAUGGAGGGUCUCAGGAAAGACAUGCAGAAGAUGGAUCUCCCUCUUCUUAAGGAUUUUAGGAUGAUUAAAAGAAAAGCCCAGUGGACUAAAGGCGAGCCUUACGUGCCGACUAACUCCCUUAUAAACAUGGGUUUGCAUGUUGGUUCUCUAGGAUUCAAAAUAUGGAAGAAGAUGCAAGCUGAUAUAAAAUACUAUCCUGUAAUCCUGGAUCCAAAUACGGCCUCCCCGUGGCUUUACUUGAACCCUGACCUUACAAGUGCGAAGGAGAGCCCAGAACGCCUGUCUGUCCCCGAAAACCCAGAGCGCUUCGACCCCUGCGUCUUCGUUCUGGGCGCCGAAGGUUAUUCGUCCGGCAAACACAAAUGGGACGUCUUCGUCGGCAACAUCCCCAAAUGGACCGUGGGAGUGUGCAAAGAGUCCGUGCUCCGUAAAAAGAAGUUUACAGUGUCGCCGGGUCGUGGCGUGUGGGCCAUAGGGCUUAGCAAAGAGAAGUACAUCAUCCACACAGCGGAGCGCACUGAGCUGAAAGUGGAGAAAGGCAUUGAAAAGAUCCGCGUCAAGCUUGACAUUGAUAAAGGAGAGGUGUCUUUUUGGGAUGCAGGCGCAACAAAACACCUGGUCACGCUAACGCAUAAAUUUGAAGAAAAAAUGUUUCCACUGUUCGGCCCUGGGCUUUACACUUCUCCAAUGGAGCUGCCUGCAGGAAAAAUAGCCGUGCAUACAUCUUAAAAGAGCAACAGAUCACAGCAGAAUAGCAGUUUACAUCAUCUACAUGGUUUCAAAUAUAGUCAUUUCUUUGGAAUUAACACACUUGUUAGAUCAACUUCACAACACUACUCUAAACAGCUGUUACUUCCAAAAAAGUAGCUAAAUAAAUAAAAAAACAUGCCUAAUAAACCAAAGGAAGAUGUAUAUAGAAAUAAUGGAGAUUACUUAAAGAUUACCUUUUUAGAAAUCAGUUAUUGAACAUAUUUCAUGCUACUAACCCAAAAGCAGUCUUAAAAAUAAGCCAAAAAAACGUGGUCUCCUGCAUUUUUAGUGAUGGUACGGACGCUUUUCUGCAUAUCGUAUAUAUGUGAAAAGUAUCUGACUGAUUGAGGAGAUUGUUUUUAUUAUUGUGCCUUCAUUUUUUUUAUUUUUGUUUGUUUUUUUGUCUAAUAUGUUCAAAGCAACGUUUUUGUUGCUUUUAUUGGCAGAUAGACCACAAUGAACAAACAAAUGGCAUUUAAUUUGUCCUAAGAGAGGUGAUAUAAAAACCUAAUUUUCUAAUGCUUUUUUUUUUGCCUUCUAGUUCAGCGUGAACAAAAUAAAUGGUAUGUGGUAAUGUCUGGGGGAUUGAUUUAGCAUUGAAAUAUAUUUUAGGUUUUUAAAUUUACAACAUGUCAAAAGUCGUUUUAAUGUGAAAUUUGAUAGAAAUCAAGGUUUUUUUUUUUGGAAGAAAAAAGGGUUGUGCUUAUUUCUUCUUUUUCAAAUGUAUUUAAAAUUGUUUUCUAUGCUUUUCCCUCAUUUUUGCAGCUUUUAAUUUCACUUUUUUUUAAUUUGGUGAAGGGUGAGUAAUUUAGGACUCUAUGCAAAUAUUUUGUUUUUGGAUCAUUAUACAACAUAUAUUUGAGCUUAUAAACGAUUUUUUUUAUCAGCUUUUAAUUUGUUCAUUGAAAAUAAAUGUUAUUGCCACAAAAUAGAACUAAAUACAUUGAUAUUAAGCUUGGUUUCGGGCUUUUUCUUCAAUUAAAAUCAACAUCUUGGUACAAACACUCAAAUGUACAUUUAAAAAACUACCGGAUACUUGCAUAUUAAAUAAAGCAGUAUUUUAAACAACA